AACGAAGCAAAGAAAAGGGAAUAUGUCAAAACGAAAAAUUAUCACAAAUAAAUGGGUAAUCAAAAUCACUAGUUGAGGAAGAAGCCCACAAAUUUCACAAAAUUGUCCAAUUGAAUAGCCUUUUAUAGCUUUUGUACAGCUAUAAUUCAAAAUUGUGUUAAAAUUUUUGACAUUAAUCGAGUAGAAAAUUUUAACUACCAUCACUAAUUGUAGUUAAUGCAAAGAAGGGGCGGAUUACAGCGGUGUCAACGAAAAGUGCAAGACAAAAUUAUUGAAAAUUCUCGAAUACCGUAAAACAAUUCGUCAUAUCGCUAAUAGGCCUGUGAUUUUAAUAAAUACUAUUAAAUAUAUAACGUUAAAACUAUUUGGUGCGAACGGUUUUCUGCUUUCCUGGGAAUAUUUCAUACUUGAAAGUUGCAUACAUACACACACACAUACACAAAAUCCCUCCAGCAUAUUAACUUAAUAAUACUUAGUUUGCGAAUCAGAAAAUGAUGGUUGAAUCCGAUGGUACUGCUGAUGCUACACGUCGCCUCAACGUUAAGAAGCAAACACUGGAUGAUGCAUAUGCGGUACCAGCAAAUUUCUUAGAAAUCGACGUGGUCAAUCCAUUGACAACGAUGGCUGCAGGCAAGAAACGUUAUACGGACUACGAAGUACGAAUGCGGACGAAUUUACCAGUGUUCAAAGUAAAGGAAUCUAGCGUGCGUCGCCGCUACAGUGAUUUCGAAUGGUUAAGAAAUGAAUUGGAACGCGAUAGCAAGAUUGUAGUACCGCCAUUACCCGGUAAAGCAUGGAAACGCCAAAUGCCCUUCCGCGGCGACGAAGGUAUAUUCGAUGAGAACUUCAUCGAGGAGCGGCGAAAAGGACUAGAAGCGUUCAUUAAUAAAAUCGCUGGCCACCCGUUGGCGCAGAACGAGCGUUGCUUACACAUGUUCUUGCAAGAAAAUGUCAUCGAUAAGAACUAUGUGCCAGGAAAGAUUCGCAACACAUAAGAGGCGAUAUAAUAAGGUUCAGACUGCGAGUGGGGAAUGUGUGCCGAAAGAAAAAGUGGUUGUUACUGUUACUCGAGUGCACACGUACUGGGGAAUCAAGCUGAAUGAAAAGAGAAAUAUACAAAUGCGAAUAUAAACACAUACACAUACAUUGAAGGAUUUAACUGCUCAGAAGGGUUUAUUUUUUUCAAAUUUCGGGUUUAUACAAUAUUAAAAAAAACAAAAUUAUUGUAUGGAAUGUACGUUAUAUAUAUUCUACUAUAUGGAUAUACAAGUAUAUAUAUAUUUUCGAAUUCCAAAACUAUUUUAUCUUUAAUAAUGUGCCGACAAAUUAUUAUUAAUAUAAAAUUAAAAUAAAAAAAGCAUUGCUAAAGGCUUAUAAAGUUGAAGAAAGCUGAAGAAGAUUUAAGUGUAAAAAUUAGGGCAAGAACAUUUUCGUUAGUAGCAAUCAAUCGAACAAAAUAUCUUUAUUACUAUAUAAAUAUAAAUGUAAAAUAUACUAUAUAAUUGGAAAACCAA